CUUCUUAAUGCAGUGCUGGUGACGUUUUAGUCAAGUGACCUGAUGUCAUGCUAUCGUGCGCUUCUGGAUUUGGCUGGAGAAGAUGGCGGCCUCCUCAGGAGUUAAAGUUCCACGCAAUUUUCGUUUGUUGGAGGAGCUGGAAGAGGGGCAGAAGGGUGUUGGUGAUGGCACAGUAAGCUGGGGUCUGGAGGAUGACGAGGACAUGACUUUAACACGGUGGACAGGAAUGAUCAUUGGGCCUGCGCGAACUAAUUAUGAAAACAGGAUAUACAGCCUGAAAGUGGAGUGUGGACCUAAAUAUCCUGAAGUACCACCGACUGUUAGAUUUGUAACAAAAAUUAGCAUGAAUGGAAUAAAUAAUUCCAAUGGAAUGGUGGAUGCACGUAGCAUACCAAUUCUAGCGAAAUGGCAAAAUUCUUAUAGCAUUAAAGUCGUUCUUCAAGAGCUAAGGCGUCUUAUGAUGUCCAAAGAGAAUAUGAAGCUUCCUCAACCGCCGGAAGGACAGACGUACAGCAAUUAAUUGUAAAUGAUUGUUUUUGACCCUAUGUCUUAAACCUUACUCUCCUAGAAAUGUCUCGUAAGUCAUCAGAGAAAAAAGAGAAAAAAAAAAAAGAAAAUUGACUCACUCCACACAUGAACAGACAGCAGUGCAGAGGCAGGAUUGGACAUUUCUAAUAGUUUAGCUUCUCGGGAAAAAAAAAAAGAAAUGCUUAUAAUGUGAGGCACUGUGUGAAAUUCUGUUUUAAGAUUGAGUGCACAAAUCUCUCUCCUCCAGUAACAUUACGUUGACCAUAAGCUUUAUGUUUCUGAACCAUUUUUCUUUUCUUGUAGGCAAAAAAAAAGGCAUGGCAGAAAAGGCAAGGUCUUGCAGAUCUUUUCCUUUUGAGUUAUGACUGGACACCAAAACUAAAUUUAAGAUACAUAUAUGACAGCAUGCUAAAGAAAACUUACAAAUAUUUUGGAGGGAAAAAAAGUAAAACAGAUGUAAUAAAUUGUUAGUUUGCUGAAUUUAUUGGGUGUGUUGGUACCCCUCACUGAUGAUUGUUCUAAGGAUUACUAAAGUGUGCCUGUAGUCUGCCUGUAGUAUCACAUGGGGGGGAGGGGCUGGCUGGUGUUUCUUUUUUUUUUAUUAUUAUUUUUUUUAAAUAUCUGUAUUUGACAAAAUAGCAGUUUGUUUCAGUGCGGUAUCUUUCUGACAUGUAAUAGAUGCCCUGUUCUGUUCUAAAUUCAAACCAUGUCAGGUGCAUUAAAAAGUGACCCAACAUCCUGAGCUCUAUCUCUUGCUUGUAUGUUUUCUUUCUUUUUUCUCUCUCUCAUUUGGACUCUCUCUGUCAUUUCAUUUAUGAGCUCACUAUACACACAUUGCUAAAUGUUAAAUGUGCGUUACUGUAUAAUGCAAUGAACCUUUGAGGAUUUUCUGCAUUAUGCCAUUAGGCCCUGAUGUGCUUCUUCAGAUUAUUCUCACUGUUUAAAAUUUGUACACCUGCACUGUAUUGUACUGAUAAGAAUUAACCAUUGUUCCCCACUUUGUUAGAACUGCAGCAGGUGUGAUGUAAUGAAUUGUGAUUAGCCCAUGUAACACUUAAGCAAGCCCUCGCUAAACUUUAAUCACUUAUCUGCUUGUGAGUCUAAUUUUGAGUCAUCUGGAAAAAGAACACUGUAAUAAUGAGAAGCUAACAUAGUUAUUACAUGUUAAUAAGCUAUGGAAGAACACUGAAAAGUGAAGUUAUUGGGCAAAGGGUAGUUUUUUUCAUUGGUAUGGAUUUCUGAAUUUCAAACCACUGUCACUUGCAAAGAGUGGACAUGAUUAACAACAGUCUCUUUAAUGCAUCUCAUGACGUGUUUUGGUCCCUUUUAAUUUUGUCUCUUAUUUUAAGAUUAUAUAUUCUGAAGAUAUAUUCUGGUUAUGUUGAAUUUGUGACACAGGGGCUGUAUUCAGGAUAAUAAAUCAAAUAUUGUGGAACACAAA